GGCUUCAUUUGUAGCGAAGGCCUUGGAAGAGGUAAUUGGGGUUCCCUGUUUCCGCUUUCCACUUCCCUCCUGGCCUGUAUGUAUUUUGCUCUGUGACGCGUGUUGCCUUGGGGCUCAGUUGUGACCUUUCAUUGGUCUGGCUUUUGUGAAGAUAACCAUGGAUCAACACGUUCCCUCAAUUCCCUCGCAUGGAGCAGCAUCAGAAGAGUCAGAAGAAGAAGCUGUAGUUGAGGUGCCAGUGACGGAGAUGGAGGAAGAACCAAUGGAAAUGCCCCCAGAACGUUUGGCAGAUGAAGUGGUAGGAGAGAACUUAGGCACUCAAGAUUGGCUAAGAUGGCCAGAGGGAGAUAAGGAGCAGCAGCCACAACCGCCGCCGGAGCCACAGGGAGAAGAUCAGUCUGUGCCUGAUGCGGGUGGAAUCUUCCUUAAACCAGAGGAAUCGGAAGAGAGCAAGGAGCAAUGUCCUGUUGUUGCUCGGAUCAGAAUGCAGGUGAUGGAAGCCCAGAAGCGGAGCUUGAAAUUGGAAGAAAGGAGCCGCAGUCCCGGCAGAAGCGCUGAAUUUCUGAUACAGCACACAGAAAGGAUGCCUCGCUCAUGUUCGCAGUGCCGGAAGCCUUUCAGCUGCAGCACAAGCCUGAGAUCACAUCAAGGGGUCGACACAGCGAUGCCCUACCAGUGCGAGGAGUGUGGCAAGGUCUUUGCUCACUUAGCCAACCUGAGGGUGCACGAGAGAGGCCACGUGGGGCCGAAGACUUCCAGGUGCCCGACCUGCAAGAUAAGCUUUGCACGGUCCUUGUCCAACCUCGCCGAACAUCGGAGAACUCAGCGGGGUACGUUGGAACAGAAAUAUACUCCGUGUGUGAAAAUAGAAGGCACCCAGGUGCUGUUUCGGGUGGCGAAGGCAGAGGAGAGGCCACACCAAUGUCCACACUGUGGCGAGAGUUUUGAGGAUGAGUCAAGCCUUCGUGAACAUGAGAACACACACAGGCGGAGAACCACCUAAACUGUGUGGGAUGUGCAGACCUCUGUUAACAUCCAGGGAUACAGGCUUGGGCCACAAACCCAGACAUUUAGCCAACCAGUUGUGUCUGUUGUUGUUUUUAGCUUUUUUUUUAGCCUUUCGAUGAUCGUUUGGUUUAGAAGUUGCUGUACUGCUUUUGUUGCAUAGUUUUUAUUAGUUGGGUUGCAUUCGAUCAUUUUAUGAAAAUCGUCUGUGGGAGAAGCCAGAUAGACGAAACGUUUUCCUCUGUCAAAUCAAGGACAGCCAUCUUUUUUCUUUUGCGGGGCCACGGGGAUUUUCCUUUCACAGACUCGGCAUCUAAACCAGAUGUGGGGAACCUUGGCCCACCCCAGAUGUUGCUGAAUUGCAGCUCCCAUCAUCCCUGGCCAUUAGC